AUGGAAAAAGCUAACAAAUUAUCACAGAAACAAGAAAAAUUGGGCAAACAUCUACUAACAAAUUUAAAAAAGGAUUCCGAGUCAAGAAAAAUUGAAGAAAACAUUGAAAAUCGGUUUAGUGAGCUAGAGGAACUAUGGCAAGCAGUACAACAAAAUCAUAUAUUACUAGAAGAUUUAGACAUCCCAAACCAUAAUUAUUUUAAAUGCCUAUACUCUGACCAAAUUAAAUUAAAAUAUGAUAAAGCUAAGCAGUACUUAACAAUGUAUCCAAAAGCCAUAGACGAGAAUCAAAGUCAAUUACCGCAUUUAGAAUGUAAUCAGGAAAACAAAGAACACAAAAUAAAAUUCAAAAAGCAAUUAAUAAAAAUUGAACAAUUAGAUCGACUCAUCCAAAAAGCAGGUCAAGAAAUAUUAGAAGCUAAACUGACAUUCAGGAGUUGGCUUACAACAAACAUCGAUAGAUUAUGGGAAAGUAUUUAG